UCCACUUCUUGCCUAUGGGCUCGGUAUAAAUGGCAUUCCCCAAACUUUGACCGCUGUUAUACACUUGACGCGAGCGAGCAUCAGUUGUUGAGAUUCGAUUUUAUCUGUUUGUUUUUGUGUUUCCACCUGUUGUUCAAGGAUAGUAUUGGAUUUGGAAAUACAUUUAAUCACAAGAUAAAAAUCGAGAUGAAACUGGUGCACUGUCACGUUUUACUGUUGCUUGUUUUGGCCAUAAUAUGGUUGAGUCUGCCUCUCACAUCAGCAAAAUCUGAAACCAUAUCCAAAAAUGAUGACAAGAACAGUUUAGAAGGAAGGAGAUUUCUGAACUUAGGAUCAUUUCGACCCUUUAUGAGAGUCCUUGGAAUGAUGGGUAUACCUCUACUACCUCUUUUACUUUUGCGACAACUGAUUGGUGCAGGAGCUGGAGCUAAUCAACAAGGUCUUGGUGGAGGUGCAGGCAUGGGAAGUAUGGGCGCAUUAGGUAUACUAGGACCUUUCGGAGCUGGCGCUGGCCUAGGAGGCUUAAGACCCGUCGGUGGAGCUGGAGGAGGACUAAGGCCCUUGGGCUUACGUCCUCUUGGAGGUGGAGGUUUGCGCCCACUUGGAGGACUUAUUGGCAAUGCUGCUAACGCUGGACAAGGAGGAGCUGCAGCCCUUUUCUUAAAAAAGCGAUCUACAGAACAAGAGAAAACAAACCGCUUUUCAACUUUUCUUGGUGCUUUGGCAAAGCUGGAAAAAGUGGUUGACCAAUAUGACCUAAGUGUUCCCGACUGCCAGCGGCUUAUAGUUUGUGAAGUUCAUCGCAAGAGUAUAAAUCCGAGUUUUGGAUCUUUCACGGAGAAGAUGAUACAGGCAUUUGGGGUAGAAGCCCGGCUGGAAAGAUCAAAGUUUGCAUCGAAUACUAAAUCUGUCCUGAAAGAUUUCUUAAAAGCUGCUCGCAAUGGUUUGCAACAAAGGGAUUGCUCGGCAAUAUAUUACAAGUGUCCUAUAGCUGUAAAAGAAAUCAAGGAAGAAAUAGAAGAAAAAAAAGAAAAAAAUGAGAAAAAUGAGAAAAAGCAGAAUUAAAUUAACUGAAAAGAAAGAACUAUCGACCGCUUAUGCAAUCAGCAAUGAAAUAAGUCCAGCUUUGUAUAUAAAGUACAAAAACGAUAUAAUUGCACAUUUUCUAGAUUUAGCACUUUCCUGAACUAUGUAUUAUAAGGCUUUAUCUCAAAGGAUUCAGCAUUCGCCAAAGUAUCCACAACAAUGCUUUUACGCAGUAUUUACUAUUCAAACUGCCAUAAAAGUAUUUAUGUAAAGCUUAUUUAUAUUUUAUAUAAGGUAUUAUAGGUAUAAGGGUUAUCAUUCACUAUCAUCGUGAGAACUGUUGAAAGCUAUGUAUAUUCUGUUCAUAUGUUUGAAAAAUCAGUGAAAGCUUAUACACUGAUUACUAGUGAAUUGACGGUUAUUUAUGACAUUUUGUACUAUAGUUAUUUAUUUUUGAAUAUUUUAUAUUUUGUUUUGUUGCAUUUCCUGCAUCGUGAACAGAAUUCGUUGCUUUCGCUGGUACGUUAGCUUGGCUGGUAUUACAUAAAAUUUCUAUUUUCAUUCAAAAUACAGAUUCAGAGGACAUUAUCUAAGUUCCAGGCAUAUGAUGAAUUUUUCAACAGCUAUAUUAGAAUUAAGUAUGUAGCUAGCUGAAAAUUAUGCUGUAAAUAUUUCUAUUGACUUCUGAUUAACUAUUUGUUGUGCAAUCAAACUCUCGCUAUUUUUAACAUGUGCUAGUUUUAUACAAGCCAUUAUUCUAUAUGGGACAGUGCAAAUUACUUGUUUGUUCAUUUUUUUUAUAUUUCAAGUGUUAUGUACGGUUGUUAUUUUUUGCUGCGUUAAUUAAUUCAUGUUUAAUUUAUUUUUCUUUUUCAUUAGGAACACUUUAAAAAUAUUUUUUUCUGUUUUCUUCUAUUAUGGUACUGCUGUUUUUUAUUAUGAGCUAGAAAUGUAUUUUAUUAAGUAUAAUUGAAUCUUUUUAAUGUUUAUUGUACUUAAGCAAGUUACAUAAUAUUAAAUAAUCAGAACAUUGUAACUUGCUUGAGUAAAAAGCGAUUAGUUUGUAUAUCAUUAUUUUUUUUCAUUUCUGCUUUCAUUGUCACUUAAAUAAACAAAACGUUCUACGGC